AUGUCAGAAGCAGAGACAAGUUCAGAUUACGAAGAGGGUGAAGAUGAGAGUACUUGCAAAGAGAAAACUAAUAUACAAGAAAAAGAUAUUUACAUGAAUGCAAGUGAGAUAGAGAUUGGAUUCUUAGAGGUUGUAGGGAAUGCAAUGGUUGUGGAUCUUAAAAAAUAUCAUGAAGAUGCAGAGAAAUUGUUUAAUGGUUUGUAA